UAGCUACAGUACAUCACUUCUGUCAAAAAAUUUGAUCGAACGCAGGCUUUGUACUGAAUUGAUUACCUAUCUAUUUUCGGAUGAAAAUAACAAUUCUUCUAUAAUGAUUCAGUGAUUGUUGUGAAUAAAAUUCGUGGAAGCUGGCAGGGUUUCGUGUAAAAAUGUGGAUCCCGACAAAAUCGCCCAAGCUAGGAGUCGCGGUUUACAACUGGAAAGGCGAUGUCAGAUCAGGGUUACCACUUGAAAUAGGGGAAGCUGUUCAGAUAUUAGAAGAAAAUGGAGGUUGGUACCGCGGCUUCAGCUCGAAGGACAGGUCAGCUUGGGGCAUAUUCCCGGCGUGUGUCGUAUCCCUCCGACCAUGCACCGUCAAGGGAUCCGGGGCAACAGCCAUCGCGGAACUGAAAGACGAUCCGCUAGUCCGGGAGAUAGCUUGUGUACUAAGAGAAUGGGCGCGACUGUGGAAGAAACUUUACGUGGAACGCGAAACCUACAGGUUCAGUGCUGUGGCCAAAGUGAUGCGGGAGCUCCUGAGUGGUCGACGGGCGCUCCUAGCUGGUACCCUCACUCAGGACCAAACGAGGGCUCUCAGACUAAAGCUUGUCGCGAAACUGGACUGGGGGAACAGAAAACUAGGGCUUGAAUUAGUACCUAGACGCGGUGCGGAGGCAGUUGACCCUGAAGACAUGAGCCUUGUGGAGUUGUACAGAGUGCACGUGGAAAGCGCGGAACGGGCAAAGGCGGUACGUGGCUUCGAAGAUUGGCGCGGCACCCUUCGUCGGGCAGGCGGCUCGGGCAGCAGCUUCAACUCAGGCACGCUCACAUCAAACAGCUCCAACAUGACGACUUCAGCGGUCCAGUCCCACCAUCUCAUGUGCAGUAUGAGGGACUUCGGUCACACGGCUGGUGGUGACGAGGCCGAGCUACUGCUAUGGCUGCAUGACGCGAGGAGAGCUCAGCCCUUGUCGGAGCGAUUCCGGAUCAGAAUCGCCAGGGAUGGAUUCUCGAACUAUGUGGAUAGAUUGCAUGCGAAUAGUACUUUGUUUGCGGACCUCUCAACGACCGAUCUCACCCGUGAACUAUGGCUCGUCGCGUGGGUCAUACGAGUCGGUCGCUGGGCUGGCGCUGGUAGCAGUGGAAGUGGUACGGGUGAGAGACGAGGGCCUGUUGCUAGGAGACCGUUGGGAGCUGGUGUGCUCCCUCUGGCAGAGUUCCUACGUCAACCUGGGCAGCAUCCCGGCGAAAAGGAGUAUACCUUCAAAGUCUACCAAUGUGAAGAGAAAGACUUCCAUCAAUUACAUGAUAUGCUUAUAAGGAAACAGACAAACAAAUGUAAUAUUUUACCUGGACAACCUAACUAUGGCAUAGUAGUCGCUCUUCGUCUGCUAUCAAACGCCGGCAGCAUAACAGAGGCAGUGUCGUCCGGCGCUACGAUCACAGCGAAGCGGGGUUUCCCUGACGUCAUCAUGCCGGGUGAUGUUCGCAACGACCUUUACCUGACGUUAGAGAAAGCUGAGUUCGAAAGGGGCGGGAAGAGUACGGCGAAGAAUGUUUUAGCUACUGUCACUGUGCAUGAUAGUACGGGGCAAGUUAUUAGUGAAUGUGUAUGGGGUGCGAGUGGUACUGGAUCCACAUCCUACGAGUCAGUAGUGUUGUACCAUAACAACAGCCCUGCGUGGGGCGAACACCUGCGCCUGACGGUACCGCUGGAGACCUUCACUAAUGCUCAUGUGCGGAUUGAGUUCAGACAUUGUUCCACUAGAGACAAAACCGAACGCAAACUCUUUGGAUUCGCGUUCGCUCGUCUCAUGGAGGCCAGUGGCGCCACCUUGCGGGACGGAGCGCAUGAGCUCUACGUGUAUAAAUGUGAUGAUCCUACCAAGUUGACAUCAGCUUGCUACCUAUCGCUACCAUCUUGUGCGGCUGACAGCGCUCGUAUCGGGUCUAUGAAUGGCGUAGUCCCCUCCUUCCAAAGAAGUUCCAAAGAAAACUGCACUAUUAGCACGCUUUUGUGCUCAACUAAGUUAACUCAAAACGAGGAUCUCCUAGCAUUACUCCAGUGGCGCGCUCGGCCUGAGAAGGUGCAAGAAACAUUACUGCGAGUGUUGAGGCUCGGCGACGGGCUGAGUUGUGAAGAGCUCAUUAAGUUCCUAAGAGAUGUAUUGGAUGCGCUGUUUGCGCUGUUCUCGACUGAAGAUGGAAAUAGCACUCCACAUUCAGGCACAGUAUUCUUGGUAUUAAUAUCGAUAUGCAGCUUGUUAGACGAGAGUCGGUUCCAGCAUUUCAGACCAGUACUCGAUGUGUAUAUAGAAGAACAUUUCUCAGCGGCUCUGGUGUACAAGGGUCUUCUAUCAUCAGUCCAGCACUGUGCCGAAUGGGCGGCGAGUGCGGAAGGACAGGAACCCAUCCGCAAAUGCCUGCGAUCCUUAGGCGCGGUAUUCCGACUGGCGGUGCGAUCCCGACGCCUGUUCGCGAGGGCUACCGGCGGGCAGUAUGAAGAUAGUUUUAGAAGGGAUGUCAGAGCUGCCCUGCAUGCGUUGAAAGCUUUCGCUCAACACCCGUAUAAGGAGCACUUAGCGCCCGCUCAAGUGGCGCUGAUGUCGUCGUGGGCGGAGGUGACGCGCGAGGUGUGCGGCGCGCUGGGCGCGGGCGAGGCGGCGCGCGCGGCCGCGCUCGUGCUGGACCACCACCACCAGCAGCCGCCGCCGCACGCGCUGGCCCGCGCGCGCCUGCAGGCCGUGCAGGACAUCCUGCGCGGCCCGCUCGGGGAGGACCCAGAGGCUAGAAAUAUUAUCCUAACAACCGCCUGCCAUCACCUUCGCGUGCACCUCGCUCGACGUGACGAAUUACCUCAAUGUGCGGAAAUGAUCGGGGAGUUAGUAGCCCUGCUGUGGAAGAAACAGGAUCCCGAUAGACCGAUGGACGAUGAUGAGUUAGAUCCCGAUGUCGAUGUACUGUGUUUGAAUACCUUAGAUGUGUUGGUUGAGACUGUCUUGCAUCUUAUUGGAGGGAACUCGCCGGUGCUCGGUUCAAUGGUAGCUGGUCUGCUAGGUGUGAUGGAACUACUCAAGCCAGUCCAUUACCAACGCCUGUGGAGCCACCUAGCGCCACACCCGCACGAUAGGAAACCGCUGAAGGACUUCUUGAUGAGAGCUUUCCUUGUAUUUAGACAUCUUAUUGAACAGGACGUAUUUCCUGCUGACUGGAUGGUGUUACGAGUGCAAAGCUGUAAAGUGUUGCUAUCCGCACUACAAGAUCUCGCUCAACCGUUACUCGAGAGAUUUAUGGGAGAUGAACCCCCACAAUUUGAUACUCAGCUAUGGUCGGGCUACAUGGAGCUGGGCGUGGCGCUGGUGACCUCCUCGGCGCUGCAGGCGGAGCGCUGGGCGGGGCGCGGCGCCGACCGCGCGCGCAUGCGGGCCGCCGCCGGCAUGCGCGUGCUCGCCGUGUGGAACAUGCUCGGUCCAGCACAGCUACACCUUGUGGGUGGCGCAGUAGGAGCCCUGUUAGAGAUCACACUAGUCGCUGAGCUACGCCGCGCGGCUCUCGGUGCUCUCGUAGCGUUAAUGGCGGCCGAAAGGCAACACACCGGCGAGGCUAGACGUACUGAAGCCGCGCUCGUUGAUAAGCUGGACUCGCUGGUCGCUGAUAAUAAAGCUGAUGAUCAUUAUAGAAGGCUGUUUGAUACCGUGUUGAUGGAGCGAGUGUCAACUGAAGGUUGGCGGGAAGCCGGUGCGGCUUUCGUGGCGUGUGUUACUCGGUUACUAGAGAGACUGUUGGACUAUCGCGCUGUCAUGCAGGGGGCUGAGCACAGGGAUAAGAGAAUGGCUGCCACUGUCAAUUUAUUGAACUUCUACAAGAACGAGAUUGAUCGCAAAGAGAUGUACCUACGCUAUGUGUACAAACUGCAUGAUCUUCACAUUGCGUCCGACAACUUCGUGGAAGCCGGAUGUACUCUAUUGUUAUAUGGAGAAACAUUGAGCUGGGAAAGUGAUCAAAUAGGCGUCGACCCAGAGUAUCCCGAUACACCCGAGUGGAAGCGAAAAGAAGCGUUGUAUAACCAAGUGCUGCAGUACUUUGAUCGUGGGAAGUGUUGGGAGAAAGGCCUGCCCCUCCUCCGCGAGCUGGCCACCCUGUACGAGGUGAAGCUGUGCGACUACCCGCGCCUGGCGCACUGCCUGCGCACGCACGCUACGUUCCUGGACUCCGUCAUGGAGCAGCUGCGGCUCGAGCCCGAGUACUUCAGGGUCGGCUUCUACGGGAAGGGGUGCCCGCUGUUUGUUAGGAACAAGCAGUUUGUAUACCGCGGGCAGGACUACGAGCGUAUCGGCGCCUUCACGCAGCGGCUGCAGGCGGAGUACGUCGCCGCGCACAUACUCAUGCGGAACACGCCGCCUGAUGACUCCAUCAUCGCUAACGACGGACAGUACAUACAAAUCUGCAACGUGAAGCCUGUAGCCUCUCGCCGCGCGUGGCCGGCCGGCACUCCGGAGCAGGUGAAGCGCUACUACGCGUGCAACGACGUCGACACCUUCCUGUGCGACCGGCCGCUGCAGAAACCACCUAUUGAUAAGGAUAAUGAGUUUAAGAGUCUCUGGAUUGAGCGGACGACACUAGUCACGGAGAGCACACUACCCGGUAUAUUGAGAUGGUCUGAAGUCAUAUCGAGGUCCGUUGAAGAAAUACCACCUGUCGAAUACGCAUGCGAAACAAUGGAAGCAACAGAACGAGAGCUCCGCAGUCUAAUCUCUCAAUACACAGCCGACCCCACGCUUAAUAUCAACCCUUUCUCGAUGCGGCUACAAGGGACUAUCGACGCUAAUGUCCAAGGCGGUAUUACGAAGUACGAGCAGGCCUUCUUAUCGGCCGAGUUCGCUCGUAACGCGACGCCCAGGGAGGCCGCUGCCGCCGCCAAGUUGAGGAGGCUGGUGGCCAGUCAGCUCGCUGUUGUGGACGCUGGUCUGGCGCUGCAUGCUAGAUUAGCGCCUGAUGAUGUCAAGCCGCUACAUAGGCGUCUUGUAGAAAGAUUCAAUCAACUGCGACAGAACUUGGGCCCCGGUUUGGCUCGAGCACGCCGUCAGCUAUCUGAAAGUAUUGUAAAUACACCCCUGCCGCCUGUACCCGCGCUAGACAAACGAUCUCAAAGUAUUCAACAAAGCGACAACUAUUAUGAAGAUGGUCAUCUUUACGAUAAACCGCUGUCCAUGGAAGAUGCGCUGGAACAGCAAAGUAUCAUGUCCAGCAGUUUACCAAUAGGUGACAAUCGGGACUGCGUUGACGAUAACUCGAUGAUAAAGUCCGCGCCGCCAUUACCAAUCAGACCUAAGUCUGGAGAUCCUAGGAGUCCAACGAGACCUCCACUAGACAAAUACAGGGAUUCGAUCGACGGUGAGUACGUCGAGCAGUGUCGCCACAGCCGCGCGUCUUGGAGCGAGCCAGGGGACGCACCGCCAUUGCCUCCGAGGGUGUCAGGCGACAAGCGCAGCUGCGCGGAGGCCCCGCCCGCCAUCCCGCGGCGCGGCGCGCGCGGCGGCGGCGACGCUGCGGACGACGCGCGCGACUCCGGCGUCAGCGUCGACACGCACAACUACGGGAACGCGGAUGAACACGCGCAGAUGCAGAAAGAUCUUGACCUAACAGUAGACUCGCUACGUUACGAGGAGAUAAUCUCAAUGAUGUCGGAACCUCUUCGCGUCGACGAGAGCGAGAAGCCCCCUCCCAUCCCACCGAAAGGGCUCGGACAUCUCAGCUCCUUCGACUCAGGCCACCACGAGAACGGGGAGUCACACUGUUAAUACUCAGUAAGCGAAACUUUAUAAUAACAGUAUAGUAAACAAGCUUAUCCGAUGCGAGUUUAUUUCGUAGAUGUACGGUAAUGGGUUGCCCUCUAGUGGGUGUUAUCAGAAACUUUUAUUUUCUGUAACAGAGUGCUGCCAUCUGUUAAUCCCAACUGUCUUUAUGUCAGUUUUGAACUCUAGUUACAAAGCUAAUUGUCAAAAAUGUAGAUCGCGAUGCGAGUUUGGUUUAAUGUUUUUUAUAUUGGUGAACUUGGUAUAAAGUUUUUAGCCAACUUGUAACAACAUCCAAAAUAACAAAGAAACUAAAAGAUACUCGCAAUAGAUAUCCGUUCAUUUUAAAGUUAUUGUCAGUGAGUUUUAACUUAACUCAUAGUAUAACAUACGAUUUUGAUUUUGGGCGUAAAUUAUUACUAAGAAAACAGUAAAUACUUAUGGCAUGAUUUUGUUCAGAAACCUUCUAAAUAAACAAUAAAAUGUGCCUAUGUUAUAUUUGCUGUGAUGUCACGGCAUUGAUUUAUCGCAUUUGUACCUCUGAUUUUAGUGCAAUUUUUAUUAAUUAAAACUAUAACAGAAUGGCGAGGGACAGCUUUGUAACAAAACAAAAGAUUUCAUACUAUUGAGUCAAAUAGUGUCAGGUGUCUGAUUUGUAUUUAACAAAUGAAAUACAGUAAAUAAACUAAAUCAUAAAUUAUGUUUACAACACAAUUGUGUUAAAUUAUAAUUACAAUUUAAUGCGCUGUGUUUUGAUAGAGCAUGUGCAAUUUGAAAAUAUACGCUAGUAGGUCGCUGAAGUAUGACAGGAGUUCACAUUUUUGUGGCUCGAGCGAUGUGAAAGAAGUUUAUCGUAAAUCCAAAAAAUACUAAUUGAGUAAGCCAAAAUAUUUCCGUCGUUAAAUUGAAGCAAAUGAAUUGAAUAUUAUUAAUUAUAAUGUGUGUGGCGUGUAAAUGUGAAAUUCGUAAUUUUUUAAUAACGCCUGCUAAAAUAUUCUUAGCAAAGAUUCGUAUAAAAUUCCAUUGCUUAUCGUAUUCAAGAAGUAUAUUCAUAGCUAAAUUCUAUUAUAACAUGAUAUAUUUCAUUAUUUUAAUAUAUUAUAUUAUGCAUAUCAUUCCUUGUGUGGAAUCAAAUUAUUAGAUUUAGUUUUAAUUUCAUGUGAUUUGUAAGUUUGCUUUGGCGCACAACGCAUUUAGUUUUUAUGUCGGGGCCAUAUAACAGUGAUAUAAUAUUAAUUUACAGCUAUAACUCCACAAUAGCCUUGAGUAAGACGAAAAAGACGAGAUGGAAAAUAUAAUACAUUUUUUGUUUCAUUCCCAUCGCUACAGCAGUUGUAUAAGCGACUUCAUGUGCAAUAAAAAAUGUCGGUUUUUAUAAAGAGCUCCUCCCGAUAAAUCGGAGACUAUGUGUGAACCCUCUGUUUAAUGACUAUCUCGUCUCUUUGACCUUAUUUUAAGCGUUUCGGUAUAUCUGUAUUGUUCAUAACAUACUUAAUAAGCAUACAAAAGUAUUAGUAACAUGUAACAAACAUUUAUUUUAUUUGUACUUAUAUAUUUUUGUGUACGAAACAGUUUUAGCUAAGCAUUUUAUUUUUGUGUCUUAUUUACUAUAAUCCCCACAUUGGUCUCGAAAUUUUUAAGUUAUUGGCGAAAGCAUAGUUUGCCUUAUGUCAUUACUUCAAUGAUUCCUAAAAAAAAGUAUUAAAUUGGCGCAGUUAUUACAUCCUAACUAUAAGAAAUAUAAUUAUAAGCAAUUCAUAUUUUCAUUAUUUUUUUAUGGAUUUUUAUUUUCGACGUUUCGUUUGGAGUUUUUUUUAGUUUAAACAGUAUUGCUAUUGCAUAAUAUAGAAUCAAUCAUCAACAAUAUUUUCGUUUUAACUGUCAAGUAUAUUUUUACUUUAUAUUUAUGUGGUUAAAGACUAUAUUUACUUAACCAUAUUUAUCUUUUGUAGCCGUCUUCGUAAAUCUCAGUAGUUCUUUUUUGCUCAAUAUGUAGUUAAUUUUAAAUAGUCUUCUGUAAUAUUAUUAUUUCUUAUGGUCUUGUAUAAAUUGUAUUCAGAGUCAAUUUAAAACAAUUGACUCCACCAUUUCUGUUGGAAGAAGUGUAUUCACAUUAGAUUUUUAAAAUAUUGUUUGCUGAAAAGCCAGAAAAAGAAUGCUAAGAGAAUCGGCUUUAAAAUGCAGCUUUGGAAAAAUGAAGCUGCUCCCUUUUCUAAUAGUGCAAUUUCUUUUUUAGUCUUUUUCGAUGAAUAUUAAUAAAAAAAUAAUUAUUAUGCUGUAUUUACUAAAAUUUUUACUUUUCUAUAUUAAUAAAUAUUCCAUUUGUAGUGAUUGUGAUUUAAUAUAAAUUUAAUCGCUUUAUUAUUUGAUCUCUUGAAUUCAAAAAGUUUUAUACUAAAUUUAUCUUCUUCUUUUCGAUAUUGCAUUAAUUGUGCUUACUAUUUGCCACUCAGGCAAGAAUGUUGACGUUUUGGAAGUAAGACAUCACUACUUGCUGUGUAAUACACUGUUUCACUUCCACAAUGUCUUCACAGCUCAUAGAAAGGUAAUAGUCAAAGAAAACAUGGAAUUUUUCUAUCACGUUAAAAUUUUCUACAAUAUUGUAUGGUAUACUUAAUAUAAGAUCUUUAUAUGCAACCGAGCAAUGCAAUAUUAUAUACCAAAUAAUAGAAGUACACAAUAAUCAAAUUUCUACUCCAAUCUUGACAAAUAUCUGAAGUCUUUCCAAUAACCAAGUGAUAUUUUUCAUACAUACGCGCUAGUUUUUUAAUUAUAGCUCUUAAGUUCUAGGUGUUAAGGUUAACAUUUCCAACGAACAAUUUCAUACUGUUUACAUCUGUUUAUGUUUACUCGUAUAAUCGUCUCUUGUAUUGUUCUUCUUUAUAUAUUAACUAGUUUUUAAACUGUUGUCAUUUUUGUAUGGUUUUGAAGUCAUCAAUACUUUUUUGUAUCUUUUUUGUAUUAAACAAGCACCUUCAUCGGUUUUUAAACUUUUCUAAGAUUUUUACGCCUCAGUGCUUCCAUUUUUAAGGCUAUAGAAAACAAAUAUUAGUAGACUAUAAAUAAUUAUAAGAUAACUAUGCAUUCUCAUCAUUGCUAAGAACUGAUAUGAUCAAAAAAGUUAAAAUUGAUGACUUUAAUAACCCACACAGCACAAACUUCUUACACUAUACAGCAACUCUUGUUUAUACAAUUGUAUUAUCGUGUUAAUUUUAUACAUUUAUAUCAUAUACACUAAAGGGGAAGUUCACCUAACUGAUUUAUACGUUUCUACAUGUAACUAUCACGUUUUUAUUCAAUAUUGUUCUACAGUUGUUGGAACUCACCCUUAAAUAGGAGUUUUUGAACGUUUUAAUGUUUCUAUUAUAUAUAACGUACAACAAGUAUUGAGUUACCUAAGCUGAAUGAUUUUCGACUGAUAUUCUACUAGUUAUGGCAUGGUAAUGUGUGAUUAUUGUAUUCCUUUAUUUUAAUGUUACAUAUUUCUCAGUAGUUUAGUCGAUUCGUAUUUAAAUAUAAUUGUAGCGUAAUUAAUUAUAAUCGUACCAAAAAUUUCUUCAGCUAUUUUUAUAAAAUAAUUUAAUAUUACAUACGCAUUGGUAUUUAUUUUUAUUGCGUUAACGAUUGUACUGUUUGUGAAUUGAAUUGAAAUAUAAAUGAAUUACAUUGAUAGUGUUAGAUCGCCAAAAGAAAUUGUUCAGUACAAAGUGUAGUUAUGGUUGGAGCGUGAAGCGCUGACUAGUGAUGAUACCUAGACAUUUAUUAUCAAUUUAUAUGUAAAUGGGCGGAAUAAAUAUUUAGUUGGAUGCAUGAA